AUGCCCUCCUCUUAUUUCUCCCUCCCCAACAUCGGAACUGCCAAUCUCACUGCUAUCAUCGCCACAUCUUCCCUCUACGUCUACUUAAUCGCAUUACAUCAACACCAGCAAAAACAAUUACUAGCAGACCAGGAACGCGAACAAGAACGCGCACGAUUAUCUCAAUUACAAGCACAAUCUCAGAAACAGAAACAGAAAAUCCAGACACAGCCUCCGAAUUCACGAGGAGGAUAUACCGAUUCACAAAGUUCGAGUGGAAGUAGACCAAGAAGAUAUUCUGAAAACCAAUCGCAAAUCGGAAAUCAAGACCGGAGACAAUAUUCCGGUUCCAAUUCCCAACCCAAUUCAAAUACAUACACAAAUACAUAUCGUCCUCCCCCAUUCGGCAAAAUGUCCAAAACCUUUUCUCCCUCGGAAGUCGCCGCUCAUAAAGAUGCCGAAAAUGGCAUGUACUUGAUUAUCGAUGAGAAUGUAUAUGAUGUUACCAAUUUCCUCGAAGAACAUCCCGGCGGUGCGAAGAUCCUUAAACGUGUUGCAGGUAAAGAUGCUUCGAAACAGUUUUGGAAAUAUCAUAAUGAGAGUGUGUUGAAGAAGUAUGGGGAGAAAUUGAAGAUUGGAGCGGUGGGAGAGAAGGCUAAGUUAUAGAUGGAUUUUGAGAGGAUGACUGGAUUGGAGUUUGGGUGUUGGGUAAGGGGGGGAAGAUGGGGAAUGCAAGCGGACUUGUGUGGAGUUAGAUGAUAGGGAGUAGAUAUCGGAUAAUUAUAUACAUACCCAUGAGAUGCGAUGAGAUGAGAUGAAUUGGGGAUAAUAGAAGAUAAUAUAAGAAGAGAAGAGAAGACAUAUGCAUAUACAUCAGAUGAGUAUUAUUAAAAAGAUUGAGUUUAAUAGACAAGUUUAGUUCAUUGA